GAGGCGGAGAGGCAAGAGGGGGUCCUGCCCGGAGGAGGACGAGGAGGAGGAGGAGGGCCGCCAGGAGCCCGCUGCCCUGGGGGCCGCCCGCUCGCAGAGGAGGCCGACGGGAGAGAGGCCCGCGGGGGGCGGCGGUGCGCAGGCGGAGUGGCGGGCCAUCAGCGCCGUGGCGCUGAAGGCCCACCACGGCCGACACCUCCGCGCCGAGCCCGACGGCGAGCUGAAGGCGACCAGCUCCGUGGUGAAGGACGCCGAGAAGUUCGAGGUCUCGCACCACCCCGACGGCAGCUUCUCCCUCAGGAGCGUGCACGGCAAGUUCGUCUCGGUCGGCGGGCACGGCGAAGUCAGCGCGAAGAGCGCCUGCGUGGACGACGGCGCGCGUUUUGAGUUGUCCCACCACGACGACGGCUCCGUCUCCCUGCGAAGCUUGCGCCGGGGUGCUGGAUACGUGUGCGCCCUGGGCAAAGGUGGCGGCCUGCUGGCGAAUCGCCAGCAGGCUGGCGCUUGGGAGAAGUUUGUCCUGAAGGACAGGUCCAAGAGACAUGGCCAGUGCGCGGAGAAAUCUGCGGGCCCGCCCGUGCCAUCGUCGCCGCGCGAUCGGGAGGAGCCCCCACUCUUCGAUGCGCUGUGCCAGCUGGAGGCGGUGCUGCUCGCGGAAGAGAGCUACGCCAAGACGCACUCGGACCACACCGCCCUGGUCUGGGACAAGCGCGCGCGGGCCAGGCGCCAGCAGGGCCUGGAGGUCAGCUUCCGCCACUUCUGCGACGAGCACGAGUACCCGCGCCGCUUCCGGGGCUGCGUGUCUGCCUGGGACGUGACGCUGAUCCGCCGCGCGGAGGAGCUCGGCGGCGGCGGCGGCAGCACGGGGGAGGGGGCGACGCCCGGCGGGAGGUCCGAGCUGGCCUGGGCCGAGAUCCUGCAGGAGGGGACGUCGGCGGGGCGCCGGGUCUACGCCGCCUUCGGCAUCCCCGCCUGCUCGGCGGCGGACGCGGACGACGCCGCCUUCGACCGCCUGGCGGCCCUCUGCAGCCUGGAGGGCUGCAGGGCCGUCGGGCCGGCGGGCCUCGAGUUCCCGAGGGCGGCGCCGGCGGCCGGGCCGCCGGGAGGCCGCCACGCGGGCCUCAGCUCGGCCGGCAUCCUGGCCGCGUUCGGGGCCGCGCCGUCGGGGGCCUACGAGGCGAGGCGGGACCCCGCCUGCCUGCUGUGGCUCCAGGGCGGCGCUGGGCUCUCGCCAGAGGAGUGGAUCCUGAGGCACGGGGACCGCCGGCUCGCGGAGUUCGAGGCCGCGCGCGCGGACCACGCCCGCAGGAGGCUGGAGGCGCAGGUGGGCGUGCUGGAGCGCCAGAUCGGCCUCGCCAGGGAGCUCGGCCUCCCGCUGGUCAUCCAGCUGCCCCCGCAGGAGGAGGCCGAGAGGUGCCUGGCCGAGGUGCUCACCUCCGCUCUGGGGGACGCCACCAGCACGUGGACGGCCACCCGAUCCUCCUGUCUGCCUUCCACGGCAGGCCCAGGUGUGCCGCAGCGCUGCUGA